CCAUUCAUGUGCUGGCCUUACAGCUUUCAGUCCAAAAAUUUGCUCCUAGAUUUCAAUUACUAAAACUAGAUGAGAUUCCUUGUCACUAGAGCCAUAACAUUUGUAGCUUUCUUCCAAUUUCAUGCAAAAUCUACCUCUCAAUUUAUUUGUGCUGCAGUAGUAGAAGUCACCAUGUGAUAAACUCUCUCUUGCAUGUCUCUAUUCCUUGUUCUGCUUUCCUUCAGAGCAUAUUUACAACUGAAGUCUGAAUGUUGGAGAAGAUGGAGAGAAUGGGAAAUCUAACCUCCUCAAUCUCUAAACCACAUUUUUUCCAACCCAUCCAUCCUGAUUGUUCAUCAGCAGAUCACCUUGCAAUACCAAUAGCAUUUCAAAGAGACUACUUAGUUGACAGAGAAGAUAGUGAAGGGGUGGCAACUUUGAAGAGCCCACUGAAAAUAUGGAAAGUGAAGCUAAAUGACUUCAAGUUUACAGAUGGUUGGCCAGAAUUUUACAAGGCUCAUGAACUAAGUACUGGAUAUUUUCUUGCGUUUCAGUAUGAAGGUCAUGAUUUGAUUUUCCGAGUUUGGGUUUUCGACUUGAGUUACUGUGAAGUUGAGUAUUCAAUAACACCAUUGAUGUCUGAGGGUGAAGAUGAAAAUGAAAUGCACUGUGGUGAAACGGGUACUGAGGGAAUGGAUAGAGCUGAAAGUAUAGGUACUAGUAAAGGCAAAGGAGAAAGCGAAGGCCAAAUCCAAGGAAGGAAGGAGCAAACAUCUCCUGAUGAUUCUGAGGGAAUGUAUAGAGCUGAAAGUAUAGGUACUAGUAAAGGCAAAGGUGAAAGCGAAGGCCAAAUCCAAGGAAGGAAGGAGCAAACAUCUUCUGAUGAUUCUGAGGUUGAAGAAGAUAGUGAAGAAACUCUUGAUGAUGAGGAUGAUGAAAUGCAGGAAGUGAAUGAGGAUGAUGCAGUCAGCGUUUCUAAGUAUCCACAUUUCGUAGCUACACUGAAGAGUUACAACAUUGGCAGAUCUUUCUUGACGAUCCCGACGAAGUUUGCGCAAUCAAACAUUCCUGAUGAUGUAGGAGAUAUAGUUCUUAUAGAUGAAGAAGGAAAAGAAUGGCCAAUUAAACUAACUCGUCGCAGUGAUGGCUAUGGAGUCCAUUUUGGAUUUGGUUGGUAUGACUUCCAGUCAAAAAAGCGGUUAAAAAAGGGAGACAUUUGUCUGUUUGAACAAGAGAAUGAAGAUCAAUUGGAGUUCACAGUUAGCAUUAUUAGAAUUAGAAAGUAAUUGGUGUAGUGGUUAAGAGAUGAAACUAGCUAUUGCGAUGCGUGUGUUUUUCUGUUUUUAAUUAGUUUAUGGAAUUCAGACUCAAAUGUUAAAUUUUAAUUAUCUUGUUUUCGUA